AGUUAAAGAAGAAGAAGUGGUUAGCAAGAGAAAGAUAUCUGGCUAUCGUUGGACAUAUCGGUUACACCUGAAGUUGAUCAAUCAUGUCAGUGAAAUCGUGUUGUAUUUACAGUACGGGAGUGAUUUCUAUUCUAACUUUAAUAGCCGGCAUAGUUCUGGUGCUUUCGCAGGUGUUUCAAAAUAUCCUCAACGCGAAGAUAAAAAAGGAGAUUGUGCUCAGGAAUGGCACACAUGCAUUUGAUGUGUGGGAAAACCCACCUCCUCCAGUCUACAUGCAGUUCUACUUCUUUAAUGUGACCAACCCGGCAGAGGUACUGAAGGGAGAGCGGCCUGCUGUUCUCGAGGUCGGACCUUACACGUACAGGGAGUUUCGUCCAAUGGAGCGAGUGAAUUUCCUGGAGAAUGGAACCAAAGUGUCAGCUGUCAACACUAAGACCUAUGUGUUUCAGUCUGACAUGUCCAAAGGACCAGAGAGUGACCUGAUCAGGACAGUCAACAUCCCAGCUAUGACGGUGAUGGAAAAAUUCAAGGAUAUGUCAGUUAUUGCCAAUAUCAUCUCAUCUUACAUGAAGUCGGUGAAUGAAGGCCUGUUCACUACACACACUGUGGGAGAACUGCUUUGGGGCUAUGAGGAUGGCCUUCUCAAAGCUCUGAAAGUAGUGGACCCUACAUUAGAUGACGUGUUUGGACUAUUCUACAAGCAAAAUGCUACAGAUGACGGAGAGUAUGUGUUUCUGACCGGUCAGCAGAGUUAUAAGGACUUUGCCGUUAUAGAUCAGUGGAAAGGUCAAAGCUCUCUGAAUUGGUGGACCACAGAUGAGUGUAACAUGAUCAAUGGGACCAAUGGGGCCUCCUUUCAUCCAAUCAUCACCAAGAACGAGACCCUCUACAUGUUUUCCUCUGAUCUCUGCAGAUCUAUCUAUGCUAUCUAUGAGGAGGAGAGCAGUGUGAUGGGUGUCCCAGGCUACAGGUUCUCUCCACCCAGCAAGGUAUUUGCCAACACAACAGAGAACGCUGGUUUCUGCUCCCCACCAGGGAACUGUCUGGGCUCUGGCGUGCUCCAAGUCAGUGCCUGCAAACAAGACGCUCCGAUCGUCAUGUCUUCUCCACACUUCUACCAGGCAGAUGAGAAGUUUGUCAAAGACAUCUUCGGGAUGAAACCAAACAAGGAGCAACACGAAACCAUCAUAGAUAUCAACCCGCUUACAGGCAUCGUACUUCAGGCUGCUAAGAGACUUCAAGUGAAUGUGUUUGUGGAGAAGAUUCCUGUGUUUAGCCAAACAGGUGAUAUCAGGACUCUGGUGUUUCCUGUACUCUAUCUCAAUGAGAGUGUUGUGAUCGAUGAGGUAUCGGCCAAACAGCUGCAGGUGAUCGUGGCAGAGGGCAACAUAGUGGUCAACAUACCCUUUAUGCUGAUUGGCUUAGGCAUCCUCCUGGGCGUGAUCUUCAUGGUGGCCCAGUGUCGUCAACGGAUCCCAGAGAGCUCUUCUGCCGAACGCCAGCCCCUUCUGAAGUCCUAGUCCCACAAGAAGUAGAAUUCGCUCCACCGGAAGUGGUAUCCUGGGAGGACAGGAUUAGGAUUGCCAUCCAUGUUUUGUUAACAAUAUCAAGGGUUCUGACUGUGUACUAUCUCCACUUUACCAGAUGUAAUCAGCUUCUACCCUGUAACCAUAACCUCACUAUUGUCUCUACUGUAAGGCUAGAUCAGGAAGCGGACUGAGAAUGUUUUUUAAUCUUUGAAAAUUAAUAGUUCAAAUAAUUUCUAAAGUCUGACUUUUUUUAAAUCCAAAAUUGUUUGUUUUUUAACAUGAGUUACACAGAAGCUGACUUGUACAUUUUAUUUAAUAUUUUUUCUUGCUUUUAAAUGUUGUGUUUUAGGGUCACCCAGAGAGAUGGAACACUGAUAGUAGGGAGAGGAUAGAAGCUCGGGCAGAUUGCCAAGAUCAUGACAGCCAUUGAGAGGCUGUUGAAAAGAAUUGCAAUAUUAUUAUAAACUAUCGCUGUCAUUAUUAGGAUUCGGAUACAACAGAUGUAUAUUAGAGACGGGCUUCUAUUUGAGCCAGGCGUCUAUUUCCUUAAUGCACACAACUUUUGUUCAUUUCAAUAGUUAAUUGUUUAAUUCCAGAAUUCACUUCCAGCAUUAUAAUCAUUUACAUACUGUCAAGUUUAUUUUCUGUUAGUAUGCCUUUUAUUUAGAAGGGAAAAAAAUGUUUCCUUGAUAGAAUAAUGAUUCUCUUCUUUGACUGUGCAUUUUCAGAAGUUCUUACUUUCACCACUAACUAGAGGGCGAUCUGACUGGGGGUCUGUACUCCAGAAGUUGUUGACUGUUUUUGUGCUUGCCAGUUAGUUAGCAGUUCUCAGCUGUUAGCAGCCAAAUGCCAGAGGUUUCUUUUAAUGGCGAUUAAAAACGGAUGAUUGCUAUAAUUUGAGUCGUUACUGAAUUGUUUAAUGUAACAAGUCAAACCUCGUAAACAAUUAAUGUCAACCUCGUAAAAUUAUUAAUUUAGAGCCCGGGCGUUUAUUUGAAAUGGACGUUUAUUUGCUGAGAUAUGUGUCGUCGCCUGGCUAUUAAAAGUGACAGGUGGCUAUUUGAGACUUUUAAUUGAAGUUCUACAGUGUAUCGAAACAUCCCCUGCUGACGUUAGCGCAGGGAAGUUAUUCUUAUAUUACACACCCCGGUGACAAUGUCACUUUUAUAUAUGUUUUUAUACUGCUUGUCGGCCUAUGAGGAAUGAUCUGUCUGGUCGGCCUAUGAGGAAUGAUCUGUCUGGUCGGCCUAUGAGGUAUGAUCUGUCUGGUCGGCCUAUGAGGUAUGAUCUGUCUGGUCGGCCUAUGAGGAAUGAUCUGUCUGGUCGGCCUAUGAGGAAUGAUCUGUCUGGUCGGCCUAUGAGGUAUGAUCUGUCUGGUCGGCCUAUGAGGUAUGAUCUGUCUGGUCGGCCUAUGAGGAUUGAUCUGUCUGGUCGGCCUAUGAGGAAUGAUCUGUCUGGUCGGCCUAUGAGGAAUGAUCUGUCUGGUCGGCCUAUGAGGAAUGAUCUGUCUGGUCAGCCUAUGAGGUAUGAUCUGUCUGGUCGGCCUAUGAGGAAUGAGCUGUCUGGUCGGCCUAAGAGGAAUGAUCUGUCUGGUCGGCCUAAGAGGAAUGAUCUGUCUGGUCGGCCUAUGAGGUAUGAUCUGUCUGGUCGGCCUAUGAGGAAUGAGCUGUCUGGUCGGCCUAAGAGGAAUGAUCUGUCUGGUCGGCCUAUGAAGUAUGAUCUGUCUGGUCGGCCUAUGAGGUAUGAUCUGUCUGGUCGGCCUAUGAGGAAUGAUCUGUCUGGUCGGCCUAUGAGGAAUGAUCUGUCUGGUCGGCCUAUGAGGAAUGAUCUGUCUGGUCGGCCUAUGAGGUAUUAUCUGUCUGGUUUGUGUGAAAUAAGAGCUACAGGGUAGGGGUCAAUUCCAUUUAAAUUCAGGUGGUUAACUGAAAUUUAAAAUAAAAAAAUCUGGGUUGACUGAAUUGAAAUGGAAUUUUCACCACUUCUGAUUAUAACUACAUACCUACAUACGUAUAGAGGGAUGCUAUCAACAUUUUAUCAAACAGAUCAGUCGUCGUUCUGCCCCUGAACAGGCAGUUAACCCGCUGUUCCCAGGCCGUCAUUGAAAAUAAGAAUAUGUUCUUAACUGACUUGCCUGGUUAAAUAAAGGUAAAAAAAAUAUAUAUAUAAAAAAUCUGUACAUACAUUAGGACAUGUAUUUAGUCAGCAGGCAUUAGAAUCCACUGUUAAAUAUAUCAUUGCUAAUUGAUACCGUGUCGAAACAGUACUCAGUAAGAGUAUAGGCGCAUGAGAAAAUACUGGAUAUUUGCAUGGCAACAAUGUUCUGCUGCCUGGGCUUGUGAUCACUGAGAGAAGUGGCAAAUCAUAUGCUGAUAUUCCUGCUUCGGGAAUCUGCAUUUGAAAACGUUUCCAAUUUCUUUAUUUUUGUGGUGAACCAGUUUCACAACGGACAGGCAUGUGUAUUCUUGUCUAUUUUAGCGUGAUAAAUAAAAUAUAAUAUAUAUAGAUAGAUAUAAAUAAAUAGAUAAAAGAUUAUCGGUAACAUUCAACUAGCAAUCUACUAACCCUAAACUUUAACCUGACCCUAAAUGUAACCCUUACCCUAAACUUUAUCCUGACCCUAAACGUAACCCUUACCCUAAACUUUAUCCUGACCCUAAACAUAACCCUUAUCCUAAACUUUAUCCUGACCCUAAACGUAACCCUUACCCUAAACUUUAUCCUGACCCUAAACGUAACCCUUACCCUAAACUCUUAGUCUAAACCUAGUUAGUUAACACUAACCUUAGCAAGCAGUUAUAACCUUAGCAAGCAGUUAUAACCUUAGCAAGCAGUUAUAACCUUAGCAAGCAGUUAUAACCUUAGCAAGCAGUUAUAACCUUAGCAAGCAAUUAUAACCUUAGCAAGCGGUUAUAACCUUAGCAAGCAGUUAUAACCUUAGCAAGCAGUUAUAACCUUAGCAAGCAAUUAUAACCUUAGCAAGCGGUUAUAACCUUAGCAAGCAGUUAUAACCUUAGCAAGCAGUUAUAACCUUAGCAAGCAGUUGCUUAUCAACAGAUGGUAUAUCAACAGGUAGUUUGUUGAUAGUAUGACCAUCUGUGGAGCCUCCAUGUAAUGUUCACAACUCUUAUGUUCCGAUCACUGGUAUGCAUAGUUGCAGACUACUUUUUUCAUAUUCAUUUUUCUGUCCUUCAUCUGAACUAGUAUGAGUUAUAAUUGUCAUUGGACAUGUGUAUUAUUAUUUUGCUCUAUGAGAGAGAGAGAGAACCUGCAUGGCGUUUUUGUUGUUGUUGAUUUAAGAAACAAUAAAAUACUUCCACUACCAUGGCACAAAAAAAUUCAAUAAUAUAUUUUAACAUUAUUUACAUUUGUGUUUGUGUGUGUAUAUAUACAAAUAAAUAAUUUACAAAUAAAUAAUGGCUCCAUGGCAUUGUCAGUUUUAAACAUAUCUUCCACAGACAUUAUUUUUUCUCGUCAAUAAACUGCUUCAUGUUG